CUCAAGCAGAAGCUGGUGAUCUUGGAGCGCUAUUUCAUUGCCUUGAAUAGAACCAUUUUUCAGGAGAAUGUCAAAGUUAAGUGGAAAAGCAGUGGCACUUCUCUGCCUCCUGUGGACAAAAAAAGUUCCCGGCCUGCGGGCAAAGGUGUGGAGGGGCUCGCCAGAGUGGGAUCCCGAGCGGCGCUGUCUUUUGCCUUUGCCUUCCUGCGCAGGGCCUGGCGAUCAGGCGAGGAUGCGGACCUCUGCAGUGAGCUGUUGCAGGAGUCCCUGGACGCCCUGCGAGCACUUCCCGAGGCCUCGCUCUUUGACGAGAGCACCGUGUCCUCUGUGUGGCUGGAGGUGGUGGAGAGAGUGACCAGGUUCCUCAAGUCUGUCGUGACGGGGGAUGUUCACGGAACGCCAGCCACCAAAGGGCCAGGAAGCAUCCCCCUGCAGGACCAGCACUUGGCCCUGGCCAUCCUGCUGGAGCUGGCUGUGCAGAGAGGCACGCUGAGCCAAAUGUUGUCUGCCAUCCUGUUGUUGCUUCAGCUGUGGGACAGCGGGGCACAGGAGACUGACAAUGAGCGUUCCGCCCAGGGCACCAGCGCCCCGCUUUUGCCCUUGCUGCAAAGGUUCCAGAGCAUCAUUUGCAGGAAGGAUGCACCCCACUCCGAGGGCGACAUGCACCUUUUGUCUGGUCCUCUGAGCCCCAGUGAGAGUUUCCUGAGGUACCUCACCCUUCCACAAGACAACGAGCUUGCCAUUGAUCUGCAACAAACAGCGGUUGUUGUCAUGGCCCAUUUAGACCGUCUGGCUACGCCCUGUAUGCCUCCACUGUGUAGCUCUCUGACGUCUCAUAAGAGUCAUUUUUUACAGCUCAGAACUGUAGAAAUAAUGAGAAAGUGACACUUGUACGCAUAGCUGAUUUGGAGAACCAUAAUAAAGAUGGAGGCUUCUGGACUGUGAUUGACGGGAAAGUGUAUGAUAUAAAGGACUUCCA